AUGGGAUUCUCUGGGGUUCGAUUUAUUAUGGUUCUUGCUUUGUUGGCAGCCACGUGUAUGGCUCAGGCGCCGGCGCCGGUACCGGCACCAGCACCGGCUCUGGGUCCUUCACAGCCUCUACCACCGGCACCAGCCACGCCGGCUUCUUCUCUGACUCCGGCGUCGCCCACACCCGCUCCGGAGACUAGUGCGCCUCCUCCAGCUCCAAUUACUCCUUCUGGGUCUCCAGCCGGUGGUCCUGUUGUGCCACGUGUCGCUUCUCCUCCUUCAUCAGCUCCGGAAGGACCGCCAGCAGACAAGCCAACCGGAGCAGCAUCGCAGAUAGGCGGAGCGGGUACGUUGGGGAUGGCUGUGGCCGGAAGCCUGUUGGCAGUGAUGUUAGCAGCGUAG